GGCUUCGACGGCCGAGGCGUGGUUUCUGCGGCUGUGGCCGCGCCGAGAACUCGAGCCUCGGAAGGCGAAGCGCACGGCGUGUGGCCCACAUGUCAGUGAGGUGGGGGUGUAGAAGAAGCAGACUAGAACUCGCCACGCGCGCACUCGUGGACGCCUCGUCGCGGGCCGCGGAUUGGACUUGGGCCUCACGUUCGCCGGAGGCGAAGAGAAGACACGGUGACAGUAGUAGUGGAGUAGAGGAGAGGAGGUGGCGGCGAGGUCGGCGGGAUGAGGGGCUUCCGCGCGGCGCUGGCCCGCGCGUCGGCGAGGUCGCGGGCGGAGCUGCAGGCAGCGCCGCGCCGCCACCCGUCGGAUCUCGCCCACCGCCUGUCCCACUCCGGAGCGGCGCCGGCGAGGCCGUCCUUCGGCAUCGCCUUCGACAUCGACGGGGUCAUACUGCGGGGCCGCAGCCCUAUCGGAGGCUCGCCGCAGGCUAUACGCCGGCUCUACUCCGAAGAUGGUUCCCUGAAGAUUCCGUUUCUGUUUUUAACCAACGGUGGUGGUGUUCCAGAGCACAAAAGAGCCCUGGAGCUAAGUGAGAUUUUAGGAGUCAAUAUCUCUCCAACACAGGUUGUGCAUGGUCAUUCUCCUUACAGAGAGCUGGUGAAUCGCUUUGAAAAUGACCUCAUUAUCGCUGUAGGAAAAGGAGAGCCUGCAGCGGUGUUGGCUGAAUAUGGAUUUAGAAAAGUUCUAUCUAUAGAUGAGUAUUCGUCAUAUUUUAGAGAAAUUGACCCAUUAGCUCCUUUCAAGAAAUGGAUAGUGCCACAAGCAGACAAUCAAAACUUGAUGUCUGAAAAGGUGCACCCAUCAUAUGAUGUUUUUGAAGAGAGAGUUAAAGGAGUUCUGAUUGUUAGUGACCCUGUCGAUUGGGGAAGAGACCUACAGGUACUCUGUGACAUCUUAUCAACUGGUGGACUUCCUGGAAGUGGAAGAAGAGAUCAACCUCCUUUGUAUUUCGCGGCUGAUGAUCUUGAAUAUCAGGCAGCAUUUCCUUCUGAGCGUCUUGGAAUGGGUGCUUUCAGGAUAGCACUGGAAAGCAUCUUCAAUCAAGUUAAUGAUCAUCAGCUAAAGUACGUAUCAUAUGGGAAGCCUAACCCUUUUGUGUUCAAGAAUGCGGCAAACAUACUUGAAAAACUUGCUAUUUGCAUGCAUCCAAGUUCACCACCGGCAAAGGAAGUAGAAGGCCAUCGGUUCUCUACCAUCUACAUGAUUGGGGAUAAUCCUAAAGUUGAUAUCAAUGGAGCUUUAAAGGCUGGACCGCCUUGGUCACCCGUUCUCACGAGGACUGGCGUAUUUAGGGGAAAGGAAAAUGAUUCACAGUAUCCCGCGGAUUUGGUUGUUGAUACUGUUGAGGAUGCCAUUAACUGUAUUUUGGAAAAGGAAUGCAUAUUGUGACACUUGUGCAAGCAAACUAUGCAUGCUCUCUUCAUGUUGUUUGUCAUGCAUCUUGUGCCACCAUUGUUUUGUGUAGCAAGUUUGGAACAAUUAUUUGCUGGAGUUCCAUCUCUGAUUCAUUCCACUAAAACAAAUUGGGACAUCAGAAACAUUAGUGGCUGGAGAAGAUUUAUUUUGCUGAGAGAUAGGCAGGACAAUCUACCUGUAGAAUCGUCAGAGGUUCAAGGCAGCGGGGCUGAAAUUGAAUUUCAGUAAUUACCAAUCAGCGGGGCUGAAAUUGAAUUUCAGUAAUUACCAAUGACACUCUUAUAUGAAUUGUACUUCCAUUAUCAAAGCCAUCAUUUCGCUCUAUUGAUGCUUUGAAGUUUACUCUUUGUGGUGGCCCCGCAAAAAAAAGAUGCUUUGAAGUUUACACGAUUUAUGGAGAGAAUAGUAAGCGUUGGAUGUUCCGUUUGGUCUUGCGUGAAAUUGCAUUGAGCAUAUCUACUCUGGAACAUCUCCAGACUAUAGCAUCAGAGCAGCUUCACCUGUUGCUUGCUUGAUCAUCACAGCUGUUCCACCCCUGGCAUCCUUGCAUUGUUUCAUGGGCCAUGUUUGGUGAGGCCCCGUUUAGAUGAUAAAAUUUUUUGGGAGAUGUCACAUCGACACG